GGUUUCAGAGCUGCCAUGGUGAUGAAGGGAGUAUUUAUUUGGCUUUGUUCAGUAGCAGCCUUAGCUUUCUCCAGUGGGCAUGUUAGUGACCAACAGGAGGCAGCAGAGUGUGCGUGGACUGCACAGCACACUGCUGGACUGCUGCAGUCCUUGAGGAAUGUGACUGAUCAUCUGCUCAAACAGCAGCUGAAAGACGUCUCUGGUAAGAAUGCUACUGGCCAACAGGAGGCAGCAGAGUGUGCAUUGAGUCCACAGCAGACUGCUGCACUGCUGCAGUCCAUGAGGACCGUGACUGAUCUACUGUACAAAGAGCAGCUGAAAGAAUGCCCUGAGGCCGAAGUGCCCGACAACGGAGGGUUGGCGUGUGUCACAGUGAACAACAAGCGCUACUGCAAACCUAUGUGCAACUAUGGGUACGACUUUAUGUUCAUGAGGAGGAGCCGUUUGUAUGAAGAAUGCAGUAAAGAGACAGGAUAUAAAUGGAACACGCAGUACAUCGGAGGAAACAAACUGGCAGUGUGCAACAAAGAGCCAACUCAGGUUUCAGGAGCGUCAUCGGCAUAUUUUCCAAAAGAUCGGGACUGCCUGACGACCAAGACCCAACAUCUGGACAGCUUCAUCGACAGUAUUACCGCUGAGAUACAGAGCCAAGGAAUACUGGGAAAACCAGAGAACGCCUGUCUUUUAUGUGGAAGACCAUGAUGUAAUAAAAAAAAAAAAGUAUAAAAUUGUGCAUCAUGUGUUUUCAGAUUGUUACAUGUUCAUUGUAUGUUCCUAUGAGUGAUUCUGCCAGGCAUGCAAAGCAAGCUGUGCGAUUCCCUGAUGAGGAUUGGUCCGGCUGAAGCAGAGGCGGUGUACUUCCUGCAUCCUGUCCACCUGCGUCUGUGAUUGGUGUGGCUGUGGGUCUACUGAAUCUACCAAUCGAGACUCUGCAAUCCACUCCAGCUGCAACAUAAAUGACUUGUGUGCCCUCAGUUCAUGGCGGCUGUGAGACAGUGAUCAGUUUGCCUCGCUGGUGGUUACAUACUGUUGGGUUAAAGCAUAUUGAAAUUGAGUCUUUGUUUAGUUUUACCUGGCUGGAAACUAUAUGAGUUGUUUUAGCAAGUGUGUUAAAUCUUUGUACGUUUAACUAGUUCACGGAGUACCUUGAUGGCCUCUCCUUCUUUUGUUGAGUUUCUUUUGCAGGAUAGCUGAUUGUUUGUUUUGUGCUUUUUUUGUGUUUGUAAAGCUUCUGGGUGCUGACCUCCUUUAGUUAUUUGGUGUUCCUUUUUUUUUUUUUCACGAACAAAAUAGUGGUUGAUGUUACUUUGUGUUUUAGUUUAUUUGUCAGCACCUGUACAGCCUCCUUCUGUUGUGUUUUCUUGUGCAUGUGCACCCUCCUUAGUUAAUUAAAUGCCUGACUUUACCCU